UGUUUCAUCUCACAAUAGUUACACAUUGAAAACCACCGGAGAGAGAGAAGAGAGAGCGAUUAUGGCGGAGGGGCAAUCCCCUGAGAACUCACCGCCAGCUCCUCCUCCUCCUCCUCCCUCUUCCAACGAUCAACAAACAACAUCUCCUCCUCCUUCCGACAAUCAACAAACAACAUCUCCUCCUCCUCCAUCUUCACCUGACCUAGCUCCUCCACCUCAACAACAACAAGAAUCACCACCUCCUCCUUCACCGGAAAAUUCAUCUGAUGGUUCUUCCUCUUCGCCUCCACCACCGCCGUCUGACUCCUCCUCACAAUCACAAUCUCCACCUCCUCCUUCUUCACCGUCCCCGCCGCAGCAAAGUGACAACAAAGGAAACGAUGGAAGCAGCAGCGAUGGAGGAAACAAGAACCCUUCCCAUACUCCUCCACCACCGUCUAAGACUACCGACCGUAGCUCUCCCUCGCCACCAAAAUCGCUGGCUCCACCUUCAAGAGACGGUGGCUCGAAUUCGUCAAGUAACGAUCGUCUGAAUAUGGGUGCUGUUAUAGGACUUGUGGCUGCAGCUGGACUUUUGUUCCUUGUCAUGAUCUUGCUAUGUGUCUGUUGUCUUCGGAAGAAGAAGAAGAAAUCAAAGCUUGAUCAGAUGCCGUACUACGGAAGCAAUGCUUACGCCGCUGGCAAAACUGGGAAUGAUCAAUAUUUUAAUAGUGUUGCUACACCACAACAACAACAACAUUACAACCAAGAUGUUGCUACACAACAACAACAACAACAACAACAACAACACUACAACCAAAAUGAUCACAUUGUGAAUCUUCCUCCACCUCCUGGAUCAAUGGGAACAAAUUGGGUGAAUUCACCGCCGCCACCACCACCUUCAGGAAAUUGGCAGCCAAUGCCGUCACCACCAGCACCAGUGUCAGGAGGCGUAAAUGUUAUUCAGAGCGGCGAGAUGGGCUCAAAUUUCUCAUCAGGUCCAUACGCUCCAUCUCUACCACCGCCUCACCCUUCAGUGGCCUUGGGAUUCAACCAAAACACAUUCACUUACGAGGAGCUCGCUGCCGCAACUCAAGGUUUCUCAAAAGACCGUUUGUUGGGACAAGGCGGGUUCGGUUAUGUUCACAAAGGAAUCUUGCCUAACGGUAAGGAGAUCGCGGUGAAGAGCCUUAAAGCUGGAAGCGGGCAAGGCGAUAGAGAAUUCCAGGCAGAGGUUGAGAUCAUUAGCCGCGUUCAUCAUAGACAUCUUGUGUCUCUUGUUGGAUAUUGCAGUAAUGCUGGAGGACAGAGGCUGUUGGUCUAUGAGUUUCUCCCUAAUGACACACUUGAGUUCCACCUUCAUGGGAAAAGUGGGACUGUGAUGGAUUGGCCAACGAGACUCAAGAUUGCCUUAGGAUCAGCAAAAGGUCUUGCUUAUCUUCAUGAAGAUUGUCAUCCCAAAAUCAUCCAUAGAGACAUUAAAGCUUCAAACAUUCUUCUUGACCUUAACAUGGAAGCCAAGGUUGCAGAUUUUGGUUUGGCUAAGCUUUCUCAAGACAACAACACACAUGUGUCGAUUAGGGUCAUGGGAACAUUCGGAUACUUAGCUCCUGAAUACGCAUCGAGUGGGAAACUAACAGAGAAAUCAGAUGUUUUCUCUUUCGGAGUUAUGCUUCUUGAGCUCGUAACGGGGCGUAGACCGGUUGAUCUAAGUGGUGAGAUGGAAGAUAGUUUGGUCGAUUGGGCGAGACCAUUAUGCAUGAACGCAGCACGUGACGGAGAAUAUGGUGAAUUGGUUGAUCCAUUCCUUGAGAACCAAUACGAGCCUUACGAGAUGGCACGCAUGGUGGCUUGUGCUGCUGCAGCCGUAAGACAUUCUGGUCGUCGCCGACCAAAGAUGAGCCAGAUUGUUCGGACGUUGGAGGGUGAUGCCUCGCUGGAUGACUUAGACGAGGUUGUGAAACCGAGACAGAGUUCAAGCGGAGGUGAAGGCAGCUCAGACUAUGAGACGGGCACAUAUGGUGCCGAGAUGAAGAAGUUUCGGAAAGUGACAUUGGACAGUCGCGAUUACGGGGCAAGUAGCGAAUACGGUGCCACAAGCGAGUACGGGCUUGACCCGUCAUCGUCAAGCAGCGAGGAGAUGCACACUGGAGGUAGCACUAAUAAAACUACCACUACUAACCGUGGGAUUUAAAUUACAUAAACCGACUUAUCAAAAUUUGUUGGAUUGUAUUAUUUUUUGGAAAUAUAACUGUUUGAUGUAAUUGUUUGUU